AUGUCUCUCUGCAAUCCCAUCCCUAUCCCGAACAGCGGCAGGGAAAACAUCCGUUCCGGGUUUAUACCCGAACUGAGCGCGGUGGAUCCCAAAGGCGAUGCCCCUACCGUAUUUCGAACUGCUUGA